GGCAGAAGUGUAAACAUCACAUGUUUGAUGCAACUUAAAGUCUUGAACUGGGGUUUCCAACUCUCCAUCCCUCCUCGGUUUGCCACUACAAGAACGCACUCUCACAAUUGCCAGCCAAAUUCAUCUCAUCUCGACUGGUUUACGGGUCUUAGUUAUUAUACUAGGGGAUUUACUUAGUAAGGUGGCUGCUACAAAGUAAUUCCUCACUGGAUACCUAUUGGAACUGAGGAACUGUAGAAUAGAGGCGUACAAGUAAUUGAAUAAUUCGAAUCUGUUGUAAGAAAGCCCCCAAAUUUACUAAUGGCUCCUAAUCCAAGGGUUGCGAAAGCCUUUCGAGCUAUGAAAGAUAUUGGGAUCCCGGAAGAGAAAACAAAACCAGUGUUAAAAAAUCUUUUAAAAAUCUAUGAAAAAAACUGGGAACUUAUUGAAGCAGAAAAUUAUAGAGCGCUUGCAGAUGCUAUUUUUGACAGCGAGGAGGCAGAGGCAUCAGAAACGAAGAAAAAGGAUGAUAAUGCUGAAGCAGAAGCAGCCGAACAGAAAAAGAAACUUGAGGAAGCUGAACGAAUGAAGGUUAUUGAAGAAGAAACACAAAUUCCCGAAGAACCAGAACGCCCCUUAAAGCGGCUACGGUUACGGCACCAAGACGGAACACCACUUAAAAAACCGAAACUGGAAAUCGAUGAUCUUCCAUACGCGAUACCCCGGUCUCAAGCACGGGCUGAAGCUGCAAAGGAGAAACAACCUGUUUUAGCUGACACUCAACCUGAUGUCGCAAAUGAAUCUUUGUCUGAAUCGGGUCUCCGUUUACGCCAUCUGAGAAACAAAGGGAAAGAACCGAUUUCACCUCAGACAGACGAUCGAGAGUUACGGUCAAGUUCUCAUAGGCCAUCACAUGGAGUGCGGUUCAAAGAGCCAAAGCCCAAAGAAACCGCACUUUCGUUAAUAAAACCGAAAGAUGAGCCCGUUACAGAUGACACAUUACCUCCUUCGGCGCCUCUUUCAGUUGUUAGACCAGACUCAUCGAUCAACGGGGUUUCUUCAACUGAAAACAAUUCGCCUACAGAGGCUAACGAAAAUUUAAACAACAGUGUUGUUCCAGCUUCAUCAAACGAAAGAAGUGGACAUGAACUUGCAACGAUCCCAGACGAAUCAAUAGUAAACUUAGACGUUGCGUCUUCAUCCUCAGGCGAAAUCAAGAUUUCUGUAACCUGCAUAAAAAACCCUAAUUUAUCUGUUACAAACGUGGAUACAUUAUUGAAAAAAAUGGAAGAUAAAUGCCUUCGAUCAUACAAAAUCCUCGACUCAAACUUUUCCUUGAAGAAACUUAUGAACGAUAUAUGUGAUUCCCUUUUGGAUACCGACCCCGAACCUGACAACACACCACCCGCCGAGCCAUUGGAAAAUGGUGCAGUCGAUGUUAGUACCAAUGGCUCAGUUGACCAUCAGAUUAACCAGUUAACUGCUGAUGACUUGAAGUCUGUUCAUGAUAUCAAUGACAUAGCUAAAGGGCAAGAGUCAGUAAUAAUUUCGUUGGUCAAUGAAGUCAACACCAAAUGUCCUCCUGCAUUCCACUACAUUCCUGGAAACGCAGUUUUCCAGAACGCUUCUGUUAACUUUUCACUUGCGCGAAUCGGAGACGACAAUUGUUGUUCCGCUUGUUUUGGCGAUUGCCUGACAUCAGCAUCUUCUUGUGUUUGUGCACUGCAAGCUGGAGGUGAAUUUGCGUAUACGAAAGAGGGUCUUGUCAAAGAGGAGCUUUUAGACGAGUGUGUAAAUAUGAAUCGGGACCCGCAAAAACAUUGUUUGCUUUACUGUAAGGAAUGUCCGUUAGAAAGAUCGAAGAAUGAGGAGACUGUUGGGACAUGUAAGGGUCAUCUGGAUAGGAGUUUUAUUAAGGAAUGCUGGUUGAAAUGUGGGUGUAAUAAACAGUGUGGUAAUCGAGUAGUGCAACGUGGCAUUCAACGUAAAUUGCAGGUGUUUAUGACACCCGGAGGAAAAGGGUGGGGCCUCCGUACCCUCGAGGACUUGCCUAAAGGUGCAUUUGUUUGUGAAUACGUGGGAGAAAUAUUAACAAAUGCAGAAUAUUACGAUCGAGUUUCAAAGAAUUCAAACAAAGAUGAGCAUGCUUAUUUAGUAUUGCUUGAUGCCGAUUGGGGUGAGGAGAGUGAAAUAAAAGACGAAGAAGCUCUUUGUUUGGAUGCCACUUAUUGUGGAAAUGUGGCUAGAUUUAUCAAUCACAGGUGUUUUGACUCGAAUUUAGUGGAGAUUCCAGUGGAAAUUGAGAAUCCUGAUCAUCACUAUUAUCAUAUUGCGUUCUUCACUACAAGAAAGGUGAAAGCACUAGAAGAGUUAACAUGGGAUUAUGGUAUUGAUUUUGACGAUGAAGAACAUCAUGUGAAGGCAUUUAGGUGCCAAUGUGGUAGCAGGUUUUGCAGAAACAACAAACGUCCAACGAGAUCAAGAAAAACAAGAUACACAUGAUAUCACUAUCUGUUUCGAAGGUUAUAGCCACCAUGAGGCUGCGCCAGGUUUGGCUCAGUUUAAACCUGUAUCGUAUUUAGUAUCUAUCUAUCUUAGGUUUGUAGUAUGACUAACAAGUUAAAAGACGGGGUGUGUUAAGUUAUUUAUGUAUGCCCGUCGUGUUUGGUACCAACAAGAUCCUUGAAUAUGUUGUGGUUUUAACUUUUAAUAGCAUUAGCGGUUUUAUAACUUCUACAA